AUGUUUAACCUUCGCCUAGUCUUGAUGUUUUUUCUGGUUCGAAAUCCGUUCGUAACACACCAAAGCGAGCGUUUAAUACUUGCGGGUAGUGGCAUAAGACGACAAGGGGUGUCUUACGCAUAUUUUGCAGUUCAUAAAUUUCAGUAUCUUCAAGGAUCUCCGUUAGUAUCUUCCUGUGAAGUGGACAAAGCUCGAGAUUGUGCUUUGGCCUGUGUGAAUAACCCACCGUGCUCUUCAUUCAAUCUCGGUUUGUUAUUGACUGCAAAAGGAAAGCUGCAAUGCGAACUCUUACCUGAAGACAAGUACAGAAAUGCGGGCAAAAUAUUCCAUUCUCAGCAAUUUCAUCAUUACAGCAUAAAGGUAAAUAUAAAUCCGAUAGUUUCAUAUACACAUGCAUUUUCUAAAUACAGAGUCUUUUAGAUUUCGAUAAAAGAUCUUGUAGUCCGGCAGAAAAGAUGACUUUUUGCUAUGAAUCUUGCAAGGUAUUAUACAGUAAACACCCGCAUAUAAUAACCUAUAAUUUUCGAGAUCAGGCUGGUCAGGUAUUUCAGGAUACUUUAAUUUUGACAAAUCAGGCUGAUUAGGUUCUUAAUUUUCUAGUGUUUGUCGUAGCAUUGUCAUUCACAAAAAUAUCAUACUACUAGUACAUAAUGGCUUAGAACUAAAUGAAAAACACGUACUUGCCAAGCUAAAUAUAUACACAAUAACAUAUUACUAGAGAUUUAAUCAAAUGCAGUUAACAUCGAGAAUUUUGAUAAUCGAAAUCGGGGUGAUCUUUUGUGUAAGAACCUCUUUUCCUCGCCAGGUUGAACAAGUUCUUAUAAACUUGUUAAAUGUCAAAUUUCAGCCUGUAGGUUCUAAAAUCUAUCGGUUCUUAUAUGCGGGUGUUUACUGUAUAGUAUUUUUCAAUACUCUAACAGCUUGCAUGGGACUCCUUGUUUACUGAUCCAUCAACUGACGCUCUUGCCGUAGUGGGGAAAUUUAACUCUUCACACCUAUAUUAAAGUGCGACUCGCGCCACCAUUUUAACAAUUGUGACAAAGGAAGACCGUCAACAUAAUUUAUUCAAAGUUAUUGAAAACCGCACAAACGUAUGCGGCUAAUUUGUUUUAACCGGCAAAAAUCAAUUUAUUCAAGCAUUUUAAGGACAAAGGCGUGCUGCACAAUCAGUCACCCUGGUAUGUCAUAAUUCCCAACUGUUUGACUAAACAGACCAGACAAAAAUAUAAAUUUUCCCUUAAAAAUGCAGCUAAAAAAUAAAAUUGUAAUCAAAGAUUUCGCCGAUCAUCGCUGGUCGUUUCCGCAGGUUUUGCUGGUGUAACAAAUAUGAUGAUCAGGAAAAAGAAUCCCAUGUUUAUGAGGGAUGAUUCUAGCGCCACUCAGUGCCAAUACAAACUCAUGACUACCUCAUGGAAGAACUAGAAGAAAGGCAGCUGAGAGUAAGACCUGCAAACUCGGCACAUAUAGAAAAAGGAGGCGCAUCGCAGCUGACAAGAAAGACAGCCUACCUAUUAAAAGAAAGCUGAAGACAAGCAUUGAUCCUUUUAAUCCCGAUGCAAAAAGGUGACAUUGAUGUACUGGGAAGUCAUUGUUAUAAGUUAGUUAUUACUGGCCAAGAUGAAGCCGUGCCUGUAGAGAAUUCCCCAGGAUUGAAGAUAAUUAAAGAGCCGACCUCAAGAUCGGGCCUCAAGACAAACCACGAAGCAGACACAAUCGUCACAGCACAAGAAAUAUAAUUAGCACUGGAAGAGAAGAACAAAGCAAAUGACACAGACAUGUCUAUGUUCUGCUGCAGCUGUACCAUUACCUUGAAAGAGGGCUAAACAUCCCCAUGGUGAUGCAGUCAACUAAGAAAGGCAGAGCCGAAAGAUGUAGACAUAACUGUUACGGUAAAAAGCUUUGCCAGUCCAAUACCCCACAUGUAACGAGCCCAUGCACUUCCAAGGUGUAACACUGGCCAUCUCCAACUGUAUCGCCCAUCGGGUAAAAGGUUAAAAAUUCUUCAGUGAGGGAAAUUCAGCUGAAGUCUCCUUGGCAAUAAAACUGCUGACUUUUACGAUGUAUUUCUCCAGUCCACAGUUUUUGCUUUGGCAUGCUACAAAGUGCAUGACUCAGUAACUGAUAUAACUACAUGACAUUUGGAAAGUUUGGAAAACAAAGAAAGGAAGCAAAAAAGCAGCUAAAACUAUACCCAAACUGUGCACUUAGUCUGCAACAAAUGAACCUUACAAAACGAAACUCAAAAAAGCACACUACCGUACGGGAUUUUAGGCAGCAUUUGGAAGUAUCGAAUGCAGAUGUCAGCUUGCGUACUUGCACCGUUCGUGCCGCAGGCAUGCGACCUUAGUUUUACAUGUUGAUUGUUUGUAGCCUGCGUUUCAAGUGUUUCCACCCAAGUUUGUCGUGAAAGUUGGGACGAGAGCAACUCUCAAUUUUCGACAAACUUGUGCGGAAACGCUUGCUACGCAGGCUACAAACAAUCGUAUGUCCGGCAUGAAACAAAACCCCUGAGUCUACCAGUGCUGCAUCUGAAGGCGCACCUUACAGCCAGACUAUGAACCCACGGAUUAUGGCUGGACCGAAGAAAGGAUGAGGUAUCUGAGUCUCUACAGCCCGUCACUCUCCCUGCUCCGCCAGCAGCAGUUUCACAUCCGCAACUCAUCAGACGUUUUAGUUCUUUGGAGAGUUCAUGCCAAGUCCAAGGGCAGAGGGGGCAAGAGAGGCAGGUGGUAUACAAGUACGAUGGUUUGCAUGUCUGUAAAGGUGGUGCUGCACGAGGCAACGAACAUUAACGAGCAAGUCAAUUUGGAGAACGCUGUGCGACUGCACUGGCUUUGGUUCUAACAGUGGCACACUGAAGUUAUUUUGCCCUCAGAGUGAAAAAGAAACCAGCGUUGCCUAAAGCGGCGUGUAAGAUGUUGAAGAAAGGGGGGUAUUCCUUUUCUUUUUAAAUUUUUACUAUUAGUAACCUAAACAAAAUGGACCACUUUUUUUAUUUUUGCUUUUAUUAAUUUUGAAGCAAAACAAGCGGGAAAAUCAGUCCUGUUGAUGAAUCAUGAAAAUUUUUAUUGUAUUUAUAUCCUAUAACAAUUUCGUAAGGAUAAAUAUAUUUGGAAGUGAAGGAUCUUUUUUAACACCUACUGGCAUCUCAGUGACGAAUAAGCUUCAUCCUAGUCAAAUUCACCACAUUUAAUAUGCGGUUUCAGAUCAAUUAAAAAAAUCAAAUUCCCCAAGACUGCACGACUGACAAUUGUUAAAAAUGUCAGUAAAAGAUACUAUGCUUUAAAGUGAACCCAUCUUCCUCGUCCUAGUCUGCCGGACUAUUGGUUUUGGUGAAUAAUGUUUAACUGUCUGUUGUUGACUCGGAGACUUUUCAUGCUUAAACUUGAAUAUCCCAGGUCUAAUGACCAUCAUUACCCUGCAAAUGAAAACAUCGAGAACAAGUGCAAAUCAAACCUGAUAUGCUCUUUUUAGGAGCUUUUUUAUUUUUAAAGAAAACAAUGAGCUAAAAGUUGAAGACUAGAAAGAAAUGACAUUAUAAUGAGAGAAAAAAGUGUGGAUGAAAUAUAAUGCCUACAUUUACAGAAAAAGGAAAGUUAUUUGAAUUGUAAUUCCUUAAGUAACUUUGUCGCCGAGUCCUUGCCAGUGAGGAUGUUUGUAGUACGUACUUCCUGGAUGUUAAAUGGAUAUCACAUGCAAAGUAACGUUCAAUGAACAUGGUUUUUUUUAGACUCCAUGUUCAAGUAACCCAUGCAAGAACUCAGGAAGUUGUUUUCCAAAUUAUGAAGAGCAUAAUUACGGUUGUAUCUGCGCCCCAGGCUAUACAGACUCUUAUUGCACGACAGGUUAGUAAAACAGCACACCAUUCUAUUUUAGUUUAACCCAAUUGACUCGUCAUCCCAUGAAAAAAGUUACAUUUUUAAAAAGCAGCUGAUAUCGGAAUGCAGUAUAUACGAAAAAUAAAAAAAAUCGGUAAAUGAAAUAUCUUAUUUGAUCAAUAAUGAAAACAAUCCACUGCCCUUCUUUACUGCACAUUUAAAAAUCGGUAAAUUUAAGUAAAGAGAUCUUUAGAAAAUCAACAUUCUUCAUAAAUUUCUGUAAAGCAAGCUUACGUUAUAAUAACCAUGCGAGAUGAACAGCUUUAUACUGUUAAUAUUUUCAAGGUAAUACUUACUAUUCAAAAGUGAAAAAGAAUAAACGCCCUUUUUUUGCCUAGUUCGAACCGUCGAAUGUUUUGGACGUCGUUGAAUGGCUCAGUUAUCUUACUUGACCGAAAUUCUAAAUUUCAAGCUGCAUUAGAGAUGCAAUUAACCUUAGAAUUUGAGAAUGAGGGUUUUAUUUCCAUAAAUUAACGGCACUGUGCUUCUUUUAAUGCCUUUCAGAUAUCAAUGAAUGCUUAAGUCAACCCUGUUUGAAUGGUGCGACAUGCAUCGAUCAGGUUAAUAACUAUAGUUGCUCCUGUCAGGCGGGAUACCAAGGAAGGAACUGCCAAACAGGUUAGCUUUUUUAAAAUGGCUUUAAGUCGAAGGACAUAGAACAAAAUGCCGGGAACCAUACUGGAUACUCCUUCUGUUCACGCACAAGAACAGUGAUUUCGGUGCGAUUUCAGUAACGGAGCGACCUCUGAUUGGAGCGUCACAUAUGGGAUAGGUUAUGUGCCACACGCAGAACAAGUAUUAGGGACGUAGUUGAAAAUAAUAAGUAGGACCGAGGACUGGAACCUACUGACACAAAAGCAAAUAUUUAGGAGUGAAGACUGGGAGCAAAUGCACCAAGCCCUCUCGGCCAACCGCUCCGGCGGAAUGUUCUAUAAGUUUAAACGACUUGCCCCAGCCCCGGGUCGUUGCUGUUCAUGCUUUACUGGAUAGCUUUUCAUGUUAACACGUAAAACUAUCCGGUACAACGUAAACAAAGCUUAGCAUGACCAUAUCACUAGAUUUUUUUUAAAGCAUGUACCAGAACUAUAGUUUAGUAUUUCCACUCCAUUUCAAGUUAUCACUAGUUCACGUGACGUGGUCUGCAAUAACAGACGCCGCUGUGUGCAUGACAGCUACUCGUAAAUAAUCAUGGCUUUAAAAUGUCCAGUUUCCCUGUCAUACAAUCUACGUUUUGUUCCACACCUAUAUAUGAGUAUGAAUAUGUAGAAAUCUGGACAGUACUAACAACUAGAUAUAGAUUUGACCUUUUUGAUUGGCAACUUCCCUACGUUUCAACCAAUCGGCCAUAGCCCACGUUCAUUUCCUUUCCAAAGUUUUCCCUUUUAAAUGAAAACAAUGGAAAACUAAAGAAAGUGAGAUUUAGUAUACAGCUAACCUCUACUAAAAAAUUGCGCUUCACCUUAAACUCUGUACACCGGUUAGAGAGCGUACAACGGUAGCUAUUCUUAGCUUAAUCGAGGCUCUAUUUCUUCACUUUUCUUCCUUCUAAAUGAGUUUCUCUUAUUUUCAUGGUCUCUUACUGUAUAUACAUUUGUAGUAAAGAAGUAAUUAGAAAUACAUGAGUGUGUAAAGCGCAUUAUGAUGUCUAAGGAGAUUCAGGCGGAUGAGCUUUGUUGCUUACCCUACGUACAUCCCCCUUCCCCUUCCCUUCCCAAGUCCAAAAUAGCUCACAGUCUGAACGGGAUUGACCUAUUUUCUUACUUAAUGGUUAGAGUAUUUCGGACAUUGUAACUUGCAUGAGUUUGCAAAAUGAAGUCACGUCUAUUAGAAAGUUUGGGUUGAUAAAACAUUGCCUCUUUCGAACCGUUCAGUGUUUAUAACGUUGUGAAUGGUUCCGUUGCCACAGUGAACCAAAUGCAAGAAUUUAUAAAGUUCUUAAUGUCAUUUCUUAUCAACAAAAUGGUAUGAGUAAACUUCAGAAACUUUCGUUCCAAAUUUUAAGCCACAUCUCAGAUGCAAUCCGGCUGGAUUUGGCAGUCGGAGUUUUUCAUUAUUCUCUAACGUGUUUCGAUGCCUUUUAGAUAUCGAUGAGUGUUUAAGUCAACCCUGUUUGAAUGGUGCGACAUGUACCGAUCUGGUCAAUAACUAUAACUGCUUCUGUCAGACGGGUUACAGAGGAAGAAACUGCCACGCAGGUUUGUUAACAGGCUGUUAGUCGAAGCACAUUGAAAAAUUUAAUUUCACGGUGCCGGGAAAUACAGUCAAACCGCAUUGGUGAAUACGGACACCGAGGGAGUUAUAGAAAGUGGCCGUAUUAACGGGGUGUCCGUUAGUCUCCAUGUAAGGGAUUUCUUUCCCCAGGGGCAAAGCAAACCGUAAUACCGAGGUGUCCGUGUUAAGUGGGUGCCCGUAAAGUGGGCUUUGACUGUAUAACGAAACUGAUCAAAUUUAUAACCAACACCCUGACAAUACAAGAUAUUAUUUUGAAAGCUGCAAUACGUUACGACUACUGUGUCUUUCACAGCUAAUAUGACCAGACUUUCGGUGUCACAUGGUGUCAAAGAGUUCAAAAUAUCGUUGGCACUAUGAGUUAUCACACUGAAUGCGCUCCGUGUCGAUCAAGGUUAAUAGUAAAUGCACGAAACUUACUUUUUUCCUGUCUAGCUUGCUUGGCUCCCUUAGGAAUGGAAAACGGUGAAAUAACAUCAGUGCAGCUGACCGCCUCAUCUCAGUGGGAUGGUAACCAUUCCCCUGACCGCGCAAGGCUGAAUAUUCCAGCCAUCGGCACUUACAGAGGUGCGUGGGCAGUAGCACCUGAUCAGGUGAACCAAAAUCAGUGGAUACUGGUUGACCUGCGAAUCAAGACACGCAUUACGUACGUAGCUACUCAAGGGAGGGCGGACGAUGUGCAGUGGAUAAAGAAAUAUAAAUUGCAAUUUGGCGACGAUGGAAGUUCAUUCGAGGGUUUUAAGCAGGAGGGUGAGAACGUCGACAAGGUAGGAUAAAGUUGUGACAAGAGAGGACAAAGGGUUAGAAAACUGAUACCCAAUUAUGUUUUAUGGCUGGCUCCUCUCAAGGCUUUUGGCGAUAAAGAUCAUGCAAGAAAUUUACAUUGAAAUGACUUUUUGAGCAUUGAGUUUUUUCAGAAGUUUAAAUCUUUGCCGGGUAGUGAUAUCACAAAUUUGCCGCCAAUGCUUAGUCUUAUUUUGGUAAGACAUCCAAUUACGAAAAUCUUCAUCCCUUCUUCUUUCCGAUUUUUCUGAAAAGACUGAAAGAGACUCUGUAUGCAAUGUACAAGCCAAAUUAUUAGAAGUUUUUACCUGUGAACCAGCGGCAACCUUAGCUCUGUCUUGUUCUUCAGGUGUUUCUUGGAAACUCUGACAGCGGGACAGUUGUGACACAUGUUCUUAUUCCACCAAUCAAAGCACGAUACGUCAGGCUUUUACCAGUAGAAUGGCACAAUUACAUAUCCUUAAGGACGGAGCUGUAUGGUUGUUUAGGUACAGUACUCUUUCAUGAUCAAGUCUUGAGGAUAAGCGCAAGCAUGACCUAGGAGGCAUGUGAAAACCAAAAGGCAAAAGUAGAAAAGAGCAGCGUCAUGAUUCUUGAUCCAUGUUUUCCUGUACACCGGACUCGGAAAGAGCUCUUUAUCUUGUAUGUUUUGCUUUCCCAAUAGAGGUCCCAGCUUUGUCUCUUCAUGGAUUAUGCGGUCAUAUGCAAGUGAAUAAGGCAUUUGAAGAAAUUUGAAGAAACAGUUCUCUAGAGUAAUUGUCACAUGACCUGUAUCUAGGAAAACAAAAAACAUACAGGUUCUUAUAUUUUGGGGUAUUAAGGUACCAAAUGUCUGUCAGGUUCUUAAACCAGACAUUCUUAUUAGCGGGUGUUUACUGUAUAAAAAACGUAUCAGUGUAGGUAAGGAUUUAUGGGUUUAAGGGUACACAUACACUCUUUCAUAAUUGGGUCAUCAAUGUUGAUUAUUUUUCAUUUUUUUUAUCUUAAGAAGAGAUACAAGCCCUUGGAAUGGAGAGCGGCGCUAUAGCUGACUCACAACUAACUGCGUCUUCAGAAUAUAAUGCUUACCAUUCAACGAAACGAUCGAGAUUACAUACAAAGGAAAUAUCAGCGCUGGCGAGAGGUGCAUGGGUGAGUUUGACGAACGAUGCAAACCAAUGGCUUCAGAUAGAUGUUGGUAAAGUCCUAAAUGUAACGCACAUAGCAACACAGGGAAGAAAUACCUACUCCCCUUUUCAAUAUGUAACAAAGUACAAGGUGCAGUAUAGCAACGAUGGACAGACGUUCCAGUUUUACAAGAGAGAGGGACAGCCUUCAGAUGAGGUA